AUGGCUGAUUUCGAUGACUUGUUUCUCAACUCGAGGUCUGCGACUCCAACAGGCUCAAUGGUGCUCCCCUUACCACCCAGCACCAUAAAUAGCACCAACAUGGCCACUCCAUUGAAAACAACGCCCAAUGGAUCGCCGGCAUUCCAGCUUACAUCAUCGCCGGCUACGUCGCGAAAGUCUAGCGGUGGACAAGGUCAACAUACUAAUAGUAAUCAAGACGGAAUAAAUCUGCUUGAACCUCCUGAUGCAAAGACUCAACCUUCGCAGUUCGUGCUCCAUAACUUGUACGCGAGGUUUAUGCUCGAAGCUGAUACCAAGAUGAAUGCACUGUUGUAUCUACAGCUGGCAAGUGAUCGAGAUGUGGAUUUAUCAAUGGCAUUACGAGCUGGCCAAGACUUGUCUUUUGAUAGACUGUUACAAGCUUUGGGAUCUAUGGCCAAACAUUGUCCAAAAGUCGUCAUUGAUAGUAUAAGUCUAUGGAGGCGUAAUAAGGGUGAAUUCUCAAGCAAGGAGACCAAUGUCAACAUAUCUUCCUUAUAUCCAUCUUUGAGAGGCAAAGAUAUGGAAGGAGUACUCAAGGAGCGCAAGAUGUACAUUGCCAACUUUAUUCUAUGUCGAGCUUUAAUGGAGGUCGUCAAAAACUUGACUGAACAAACUCUGACGUCGGAACUGGCGGAUCAGUUAGAGGACAUGUGCUUUACUCAUCUUCAGAAAGCUGAUCCAGAUCAAGUUAUCAAGGCUGCUAAUCGUCAAGCCAACAUCGAUGCUUUCUCAUCUCUCGUUGGGUGUAUAUCUGGUCUCAAGUUUGCAUCAGUCAGUGAUCGUUACGUUCUCGAAUUGAGAAAGUUUGACAAGGGCCUGAUCAAAGAAAACAAGCUGGAAAUGAUUAUUAGAUGUAUGCGUUAUCUUCAACUCAAGAUCUACCCAAUGGACGCACUGGAAGAAACAGCUGAAUUUUUGCAAACUUGUGCAGAGAUAUUCUCAACUACACAUUCGCAAAAGAUCAAGCAUGCAUUCUCAGAUGUCUUUGUUGAGUUGUUGGAGCCUGUAGCUGCUAUCGCUACGGCCGAAGUGAAUCUACCAGCAUGGAUGAAGACUAUAGAAACCAUCUUUCCAAAAGCGAGUCGUAUGAUAACCAAACAGCGUCACCUCGAGGAGGCACUACCGCUGAUCACGACUCUGCUUUGUGUCUCGAAAAGAGACUUCUUUCACAAGAAUUGGGGUUCUUUUGCUGAGCUCUGUGUCUCCAAGUUUAGAGACAAGAACUCGAAAUCCAUCGCCAUCACUUCUCUCAUCCGAUUACUAUGGGUAUAUGUAAAUAGACAUUCCGAAACGUCUGCCGCUACAGCAUUACGACGUAUAGAUCUCAUUGCACAAGCGCUCUUUCCACGAAAUCGUCGUGGAGUUAUACCAGAAUCCAUCAAUCUAGACCAUUUCGUCCAAUUCGUGUAUAUUGUAUGUGUCAAGCACUUGGAUCAUGGUAUCGAGACUCUGAUAUUGCCAUUGAUGGGUCUGGAGCAUUUGAUGCCUGCACAGUCUGUGGGUACCGCCACUCCAACAGCCUCGUCUACUGUUGGUACUGUAUCUACGACCGUAUCUAGCACAACACCAUCAAGCUCGAAUACAGUAGCUAGUAUGACCAUGUCGUCUGUAGCAUCAGGCCUCAGUUCAGGUCUUGCUGGAAAUGUAGCUACAGUGACCAUUCCUGAAGAAGCUGGAUUGACUUCAUUUACCAUGUCUUCAGCUCCUGCUGCACCUAGUAUUGUUAUUGGUGAUGCAGCAGUCAAUCCAGAACGAAUGAUUGUUGGGUUACGAUCCUUGUUAUUGAUCUUGGCUGAUAUUGAAGAUGCUCUGGCUAGUACUUCUACAUCAAUGCCUACUACAUCCGGUAUGGUCAUUGUAGAAGGUCGAUAUACUAUACCGCAACCUCCAUUUGCAAUCCGUAGUAUAGUAGGAUCUGGGCUUAGUCUGGAUUCGCUCAUGAAGUUACGAGAGCGACCCAAUAGAACCAAUGCCGCAAUAGAUAUAAAUGCGCCACUUCCUGAACGAAUGACUCAACGCAUGGGUGCCGUGGUACGAGAAGCUGUAGAACGUGUUAAUGAUGUAUUGGGUAAAGUUGCUGUUGCACUUGAUGGUGCAGUAGGGUGGGCACUAGUCAUUGAUGUCAUCCCACUCAGUAAUCUACCACGGGAAUCUAAUACGGCAGCAACAAAUCAAAACCAUCCAACGCGGCGAGCCAGUUUCUCUGGUGAAACUCUAACGAAUCUUCCUGAACGCACUUUGCUCCAACCAGAUCCACCGCAAAAUCCAUUUGGACGAGACCGUCAAGUCUUGUUUGAUUUGAUGAGAGCGUAUAUAGAUUGUAUACCAAGACUUGUACCUGCUGGAGUCAGUCCACGCCGUCUAGUUGAAAUGCUGUGUCGAUAUGCACUCCAUGCUGACGAUGGUGUGCGUGUAGCAUCUGUACGAGCUCUGAAACGUGUGGCUUCGUUACGUGAUGAUGCAGCACGCAAGAAAUGGAAUUUAGGGGAUGAGUUCGAGGGGCUUGCUGGUGGUAUUGUCCGCAUUGCUGCUGAUGUCUCGAUUGGUAUUGUCACUGAUCGAUUCGCGGAUGUUAUGGCUGCCAUGUCCUAUGAUGGUGGUGAAGCCAUUAUUGGUGGUACGCUAGGUCUAUAUGUCGAACUACUAGAUCUGUGGCUUCAGGAAGUCGAACGUGAGAAACGAGUAUGGCCUGCUCGGGAAGUUGCUGCUGUCGUAGAAGAAAUUGAAGCUCGUGGACUCUUUUAUUUAUGCUCGACUAGUCCUGCUAUACGUAGGCAGGCAUUAAAAGUAUUGACGCUGGCGGAAGAAUUCGACUUUAAAUUCCAGAGUUUGAAAAAGUCGGAGUGUCCCACUACUGCUGCAAGUCCAGUACCUGGUAGUGCUACGCAUCGAAGUGCACACACUGCAGCAGCCUUGAAAACCAAACGACGGGCUAGCCAGAUGCCAGUAUUAAAUCCAUCCUCGUCACGUCUAAACCGUAUACUAGAAGAAUAUGGACCAGAACUUGUCAGACGACAUUACCAUGACCCUGUCUUGGCAUCAUCUACGCGCUCAGAACAGACGAAACUUGCUGCUCAGCAACGACGAGAGCAUACUGGUGACUCGCUCCGCCACUUUAUUGGAUCAGAUAAUCCGGAAGAUGCUGUUGUGUGGACUCGAUGUUAUCCAGAUUUAAUAUGUAGAUUCUUUGAGUUUGCAGCACCAAAAGCAUUACAAAUAUGCUUGAAGGAUGCUUCUGCUCGACUGGUUGCUCUACAUCCACCUGUUGCGGUAGCAGCCGAGACACCUGGUAAUCGUCCAUUGACAACUGCGGCCAGAUAUGGUGCAGCAGCUACAGAACGUAAAGGAGCUAUAGCUGCUACGGAAGAUAUGAUGGAGCAAUGGCGAUUGUAUCUGGUAUUUUUUUGUGCAAAUCAUGAGGUUGGCAAAAUCGCUGCCUUGUCGCCUCCAGACGCUAUUACCAUGAAUGCUGCUAAUAAGCAGGAAAUGUCUCGAACACGAAGCGAUCCAUCGUUAUAUCCUAGUAAAGCAUCGAAUUUGACUAGCAGUACCAAUAGUCUGAAUACGCCAAGUGUGAUUUCGGCUGUUUCUACUGCUACCACCACAACCACCAAUACCGCCAUUGCGGCAUCAAUAGCAGCACCUAUAAUAACAGCUUCAGCAAACAAGCAUUCGAAUAAUGCAUCACUCAAACAUAUCUUGGCGCUAGUAUUACCGCUCUUGUCUUGUGAACGUGUCAUGGUUCGACAAGGGAUAGUAGCUGCACUAGGAUGUCUCAAUUACCGUAGCUACAAGGAGUUGCUAGAAGAUUUGCAACCGUAUAUGAAACAGGUUAUUGAUGAUAUGAGAUCACGACUAGCUGCUCCCACCGCACAACGCAAAAAUAGCAAUGCUACUGGUAAUCAAUACAAGAGAAUGGAACGAUUACGUAUGGAAUUGACGCAUCUGCUUGGGCUAGUCGCCAACUUUGCGGAACACCACUCGUAUCGGUAUUCAGAAGCCAUGAUGGGAUCUGUGCUGAUGUUUGUAUCGGAAUGUAUGAAGUUUUUGAGUGAUUCCGAAGUGCAGUCUGAAUGGGAGCAUCAGAUGCUGAGAUAUUAUUUCGCGGGCUUGCUGGAUCGGUUGUAUAAUCAGCUGGUUACCGCCGUUGAGAAGAAGGAAGGUGGUGGUGUUUCUAUUACCGUUACCAACAACAAUAGUAAUGUCAAGAGGAGUGGCAGCACCGAGUUCCCGGAAACAGUCGAACACCACAUGCCUUUUGAGAUGAGACUGGCUCUCUUUAGAUUACUCGAAGGAUGGUGUGGAUACGGUCAAUUUGCUGGUCCGACACGAGAUCGAGAGGCUCGUAUGAUGCAAGCUGUGUUGGAUCAGGUCAAGGAUAUUAGGGAACGAGGUGCUUUGACUUCGACUAUGGAAGAGCAACGUAAGGCACUUGAGAUUGCUGCUCUGAAAGCUAUGGCUGCGUUAUGUCGUGGUCCUAUCGUUGCAACUAGUACUUCUACAGGUAGUACAGGACCAGAAACGUUUGACUUGACAUCAUUCACAUCAUGGAUUGACUCGCUCUUGUCAAGUCCUGACGAAAAAGUACAGAUUAUUGCACGGGCUGCUUUAUCUGCUCUCCUCGAUAAUAAUCGACAGGCUGAACGACUUGUAGAGCAUAUCGUUAAACAGUGCUAUGAAGGACUGCCAUCCAGUAACGUCACGAGUGGAUAUUUUGGCGUGCUCGCUGAAGUAUAUAGUAGAUCGAACCCGACACGACCGUCUGAAGAACAACCACGACGAAACGUGGCUAGGAUAUUGUGUCUUGCACUGUAUAAAGCUGCUGAUUCCAACCCGUUGGUGCGACGUGGUGCUAUACAGCUGCUGAGAGCUCUUGAUAAUAUGUUGAAGGCUCAGCAGGUGCAGACUGGUAGUGGCAGUACUAGUUCGUCGAGUGUUGACAUUGCUAUGGUUGAUGCUCAUGAGACGUAUGAAGAGGCGGCCAUGACUAGUGCGCUGCCUGCUAUAUAUAAGUAUGCACAGGCGGGUGUGUCUGCGAGGUUGGCGCAGGAGUACCCGGAUCUAACGUUUGAGAUGUUGUCAGAAAUGGUUCAACGCGUUGAGCUCCUCUCGGCGAUUAUACAAGCAGCACAAACGACUACCGUUAGUUCAGCAUCCAGUAUUGCUACGACCUAUAUAUACAGACAGGGAAUUCAUGAUAUAUUAGUAUACAUGGUUCCAUGGGUCCGUAAUAUCGCUCUCGUGUCUUCGACCUCUGAAGAAGGAGGAGACAACUCGCUACAAUCAUCACUACAUUCUCAACCAUCAACUCUGACUCGCCCCAUAUCUCCAUCCGAUGUAGUCUUGACGAAUCUAUUUGCACUGACUAUAAAAUACGCAGAUGAUUAUGUCACUGAGCUAGAAGAUAUAUGGGUGCAGCUUGUCGAAAGGUCUGAGCCUGAACCAGAGUCUCUGGACGGUGAAGAUCCUAUAGCUAGGUUAAAGAAACGGCAAGAAAGAGUACAACGUGAAGAAGUCAUGUUGGCUGUCUGUGAGCGGAAUAUUCAAAUCGUGAUUGACUUUUUACUGCAAGUUGGUGUACAGAGACGUAAUCCGAAAUUUGUUAAUUAUGCUAAAAAGGUGGUGGUGUAUCUCGGACGUACAUCAGCAUGCUCCCAACUUAUUGACUUUAUAAUGGCGAGGAUCCAGCCUAAAGGGCUUGUGCCGUCAGGAGCCAAUAAUGUCGCUAUACUUGCUGCUGAAAAGGUUCCCGAGGUUGAGUUUGAGGGGUUUGGAUCUGAACGUGCUGCUAAACAGCGUUCGAAAUCUAAGCUUGGUGGUAUAUUGGGGCCGUCCUCACCUAGCAGUGAUUUAUAUGUAGUAGAUCUAGAACAGGUGCUGAUUGAUAUGCCUAAACGACCUGCUUUCUCAAAGGGGCAGUUAGCUUGUGUCUUGCUAGUUGACUUGUCUAUCGAGUAUGGAGACGUGCUGAGAUCCUACUUGCCACUACUCUUGCAUGUGAUUUUCGUGCAAUUGGAUCACUUUAUUGCUAUAAUAUGUGAACAGUCUCGCCUCUUGCUGCUUAACCUUAUACGAUCGAUCCUGUCACCGAGCAUUGACUCAACCGAUACGGGUGAAAUCGUCGGUAUGCUUGGACGAGAUAAUAAACGGCUGUGGACAUACGAGGAUAUCACGCAACUAAAACGGGUGCUUGAAUCCACCGAACAGUUAUCAACCUUGUGUCUUGAGGUCGUGGAAUUGUUUAGUCCUGUAUAUAUAAAUCUAGCACAGCAGUGGGGUGAGAUUGCACUCGUAUGGGGUACAUCGUGUCCAGUCCGACAUGUUGCAUGUCGUAGUUUGCAACUGUUUAGAACGCUACGGCCAUCAUUUGGAUCCAGGAUGCUUGGUGAUGUGCUUGGUAGACUGGCUGUAACUGUCGGUGAUUCUACCGAAGAGAUUCAGGGGUUUGCACUUGAGAUACUGGCUACCUUACAUAGUAUGUGUGAUUCACUUGAAUCACAACAGCUCGCUGUAUUCCCGCAAUUCUUUUGGGCUGCCUCUGCAUGCUUGUAUUCGCCACAUGAAUGCGAGUUUGUGGAAGGGGUGGGAUUGCUACACAAAAUAAUCGAUAAAGUUGAUUUGCACGAUGAUGGCAUUCGACGAUUGCUGUCUGCUUCACUGCCUAAUCGAUGGAGGGGACCGUUUACGGGUAUACAGCCAUUGUUGAUGAAUGGGUUGUAUUCUGCUGAAAGUGAAGCUGUUGCUCUGAAUGUGAUUAAUUCUUUGCUUGGUAUUGAUGAUGAUUCGCUGAUUGAUACUGGCAAUGCUCGAGUGCUGAACUCCAUACUCGCUAACUUGCCACGGAUGCUGCAGAGUCUGGAAAUUGAUCCAAAGACCAAUACGCAUAGUCAUAGUGCUGCCAAUAAUAGUAGUAAUAGUAGGACAGAAGCUGCCAUGAUUAAUAUCACCGAUACGCUUAGGAUUGCUGCUGAAUUGUCGUCUUUGGCUGAGCGGAAGGGAUAUGCACCUUUAGCACGUCUGUUGACGUCGUAUUCAUUACGUAAAUUUAGGUCAAAGGAGGAUUUCUUGAGACAGUUAUGUGUUAUUAUAAGAGAUUCAUUCUUCCCAACCCACGAUAGAGCCACAUUACGAGUCUUGAUUGGACAGUUAUCGAAUCGUCUCACCUUUUAUCGUCGUCGUACCCUCAAAACCAUACAUGUAUUAUUUGCCACCCUGGAUGUAGUACGACGCGUAGAACUUGUUACAUUUGGAGACGAUGGAUUGCUACAACCGUUAUUAGCACUCUUACAAACCGAUUUAGCAGUUGAUACACUUGAAGUACUUGAUGAGAUCCUCCCUGGUUUCCUCAUGGCUGGUGAAGGAAACCAACGAAUUAUGACGGAUGUUUUGAUGGCUCAAAAGACUGGAGCUGCAUCUGCAUUGAAUGCACAUCGUAAGGAAGUCAAGGAGGGCACUGGAUGGCGUGUACGUGAUGUCACUGCAGCUGUUAAACAGGCGAGAUAUAAUAUUGGUGGUGUGUCGUCUACCUGUGCUGGAAUGGAGAAUAGUCCGAUGAGUAGAAGCAAGUCUGGGUAUAAGGCAUUUAAUGUUGGUGGUGGUGGUAAUAAUGGUGGAAUGAGUGGUGAAAGUUCUGCACAGCCAUCGCCCAUAGUCAAGAAUAAUGUGCCGUUUGCAUUCCUUGGAGGCAAUGUGCUUGCUGCUCUGGACGAUCUUGAUGCCUUUUGGCAGGACCAGAAGGGAGAUGAGAUGUUGGCUUCUGCUGGUAGUAUUAUGAGCAGUAUGCUAAACAAUAAUAAUGGUGGUAAUGCUGCCAGUAAUCGACUAUCGAAUAAUGGUAAUAUGGUGGCUUCGCCUACACAAAUGACUAGUAUGGGUACCAGACAGAAUUCACUGCAAUCCGUCGCUGUAUCCAUGACGUCUCUCGCUACAGAUAUAAGCAGCAUGGAUCCAAACAAUAGCAAUAGUGGUAGUGGUGGGAAUAAUGGUUUGCUGGAUGAAGCUAGCUUGUUUGACCUGUUUGUUGAGGGGUAUGAUCAAGACCGUGAAGAAGACGAUGAGACAAGUACUGCCCCAGCUGGGUUUGGUGCUACCGAUAAUCUAGCGUACUUGGAUAGUGGAUUGAAUCUUAUUGUUGGUGUUUUGCAUGGUGAACAGCAGCUUCUAGUGCCGUUGCUAGAAGACGAUGGCCUUGGAGAAGAAGCCACCGAGUCAAGUGGAGCACUGAAUAAUAGUGCUAGAAGUUUGAAUAGUGUGAGUAGUGCUGGCAACGCAUCGCCGAAACAGGCUGGAAGUAAGGCUGGGAGUGUCAAGAGUGUGGCUUCUGCUAGUGCAUCGCCGAAAGCUUCACCGCGGAAUUCUGUUGAGGGUCUGAAUGUGGAGAAGACGAGGAAGACUAUUCCGUAA